CUGCUGUCUCGUCCUUCUCCAAUCUCCGUGUUGUUGUUCCCGGUGACGCGGCGGAGGUGUAGCCUGACGCGGGCUCUUACGUGUCGGCCAGAAUAAAAGUGGAGCUCCGGAGGCCCGGGAGUGACGAAGGGAGUCCGUAUCGCCCGGCCGGUUAAGAUGGAAUCCGUGGAGGUUCAGCAGGGAGCGGAGACUGCUGUGAGCGAGACAGAGACCCAGCACAUCACCCAGGCACAGCUGGCUACUUUGGCUCAGGUAACCAUGACAACAGGCCACGUCUCGGCAACCGGCCCCACGGUAACGCUGGUUCAGCUUCCCAAUGGACAGACGGUUCAGGUCCACGGUGUGAUCCAGGCCGCACAGCCCUCGGUGAUCCAGUCCCCGCAGAUCCAGACUGUGCAGAUCUCCAGCAUAGCAGAAAGUGAGGAUUCACAGGAGUCCGUAGACAGUGUCACUGACUCCCAGAAGCGCAGAGAGAUUCUGUCACGACGCCCCUCAUACAGGAAAAUCCUCAACGACCUUUCGUCGGACGCGCCGGGCGUCCCCCGCAUCGAGGAGGAGAGGGCCGAGGAGGAGUCGUCCUCUGUGGCCGCCACACACUCCAUCACCACCGUCACUGUGCCAACGCCUAUCUACCAGACCAGCAGCGGCCAAUACAUCGCCAUCACACAGGGGGGAGCCAUUCAGCUGGCCAACAACGGCACGGACGGAGUCCAGGGCCUCCAGACUCUGACCAUGACCAACGCAGGGGCAACCGCCCAGCCCGGAGCCACCAUCCUCCAGUACGCGCAGACCAGCGACGGCCAGCAGAUACUGGUUCCCAGUAACCAGGUGGUGGUCCAAGCCGCCUCCGGAGACGUCCAGGCUUACCAGAUCCGAGCGGCCCCGGCUAGCACCCUCGCCCCAGGGGUGGUCAUGGCAUCCUCCCCUGCCCUGCCCACCCAGGGCGCCACCGUGGAGGUGACCCGCAAACGGGAAGUCCGCCUCAUGAAGAACAGAGAGGCAGCGCGGGAAUGCCGCAGGAAGAAGAAGGAGUACGUCAAGUGUCUGGAGAACCGAGUGGCCGUCCUGGAGAACCAAAACAAGACACUAAUUGAAGAGCUGAAAGCCCUCAAAGACCUUUACUGCCAUAAAUCCGAGUAGUUUGGUGGAGCCGAAACGCCAGUUCCGGCCGAGUGGCGUUUCAUUUCUCUCCAAAGACUGCCGGCCUUCUACUUUGCCCACGGCUGCUAACAAGUUAGUGGAACACUGUGCCCUUCACGGUCAUUGUCGAGAUACCCAGCUGGAUAACGUUGGACUGCAGGCUCCAAUGGAGGAGGGAGGAGGUUGUGUCCUUAAAAACAAACAAAUUAAAUGUCAUACUAAAUGGUGGACGUGCUCAUAUUUGAGGGCCUCCUUGGACUGUAUUAAAGCAAUAACGCUCGACAAGCUGCCCUCAAAGCAUCACCAUUGUUGCUAUGGUUACCUGAAGCUAAAAUGUAAAUGGUUACGGUUUAACAUUACAGUCACAAUAGUGGGUUCAGUCACAAUUUAGUGGCCCAAAUUAGGAUUAAUAAACACUUAUUAUGAAUCCUACUUCAUACAUGAAAAGCAUGCUUAGAAUAUGCAGCUUUUCCAAAAACGAUGUGAAGUUUUGGUAUCAGGCGAGCUCAUUCAGCUUCAUUAUGUGAAUAAAUUAUGAUUCUCAAUUUGAUCCACAUAAACCUUUUCAGACCUUUGACCAAUAGUGUAGUGGACUGUACAACUGAUUGGACAAAAACAAGUAUAUUAAAAAAAAAAAGAGCAAAUCCUACUGGGGCGUCUGGGUUUAUAGCGACUCAGCAUUUUUUCUCUGCUCACAGGCAGCAGAUGGAGGUGCUACCAAAACGAGACCAUUUGCAAAGCUUUAAGAGUUGUUUUUAUAACUUUUCUCUCAGUUAAAGUAACAUUACUUACAGGACUUCCAUCCAGUAGGGAAGCAGCUUACACAAGGUUCUGUCCAUCUUAAGCACAUUAUUUGGAAGGGAAAACCAAUGGGAAUGUUGUAACGCCACAGCAGUGGACAGCACUGGUUCUACAUUCAAGUAGUUCUUUAGUGGCAAAGCACAAUUCUAAUGACAUAUAUAGAGUAUAUAUCUCUAUGCGUGUAUAGAGAUGUGUAGAACCAGGUUAACUGAUAGAUAGACAGUCUAAAGAGAAAAGAUAACCAGGUUGUGAGCAGCAGAGACCUUGAUGUUGGGUCGUCUCAAAACAUAAUCAAAGUUAGCGUGUAAACGUGACAUUUUGUUUACAAUAUUGUGUUUGUUGCAACUUCUUCUGUCAAUUCAACGGUGGUGAAACAUGGAUGCCGACAAGAUGCGAGAUGGCAGAGCCAUUUAAACAAUUGUAUAGCAGAUUCUUUGUGGACAAGAUAUCUGCUACAUAUAUAUGAAUUCAACAUUAUGAUCCAUGCUAUCUUAUGUAGGACUGUGCUUUUCGGGAAGAUACAUGUAGGUACUUGUUCAUUUAUUUUUUUACAUUACUGUACAUUGAUUCUGUGGCAUGUGUAGUCCUUGUGUAUUUUGGUUCAUUUCAAAUUCUCACGGCUUUUAUGAAACCCAACUUUUGCAUAUUUGUAACAUGCAUCAAUGUGCACAGUGUAUGUGUGUAAUCGUGUAAUCCACCAGGCCACGGCAGCUAGGUGUGUGAGGAAAAGGCCUUUGCUGGUUUGGAGCGCUGGGCGAGGCGUCAGGGUCCACAACGCGCAUCUGUUUUUAUUAUUUGUUCAUUUGAAAAGCGCACAGAACAUUUGGUGUUUGCAGACUGGAAAUGUACUUUUAUCUCAGCAGGAAUGUCCCCUUUAAGAACUGCUUUUAUAUCCUCCAAUUCAUCAAAUGAAAGGUACUUCAAAAAGUGUAUUUUACUACAUACAAGUUGAACUAGAUUUGAAUUAAAGAUACAAUGUAUGUAUCAAGCUAAUUAUUUACUGAUUUUAAGUAGAAACUAAUCCUGAAUCCUCCUGACCAAACAAUGGACAGUUUUCGAGUACAACAUCCUCGAUUGUUAAGGAAACUCCAAAUGAUUAUUGUUUCCUCCAGCUCACUGUUGAUGGUUGAAACUUAUGUCUGGAUUUGUCAUUAUGGGACUGUAAUGACAAAUGAUGCCUUUGGUUCAUUUUGAUUUGUAUGAAAGCUACAGAGGAGCCGAGAGGAAAUUUGGGGGCAGUUCAUGGUAGCUUUGGUGUUUUUAUUUGUAUUGUUGUCAACAUGUUGAUAUUGUACAGUUUAAGUAUGUGUAAUGUAUCAUGGAUUAAAGGGUUGAAUCAGCUGAAAUAAUCACAGCAGCACCUUCGGAAGGAUUUGAAUGAAACAUCUCAUAUUGAUCCCAUGGACACGUUAGUGAGGGUUUAAAUAUGUGUGCGGGUCUGCAAGGCUCAAACUGCUCAAGGUUGUGAGAGGAAACCUGUUGUACAAUAUUCUGACAAUAAUUUCCACCUCUUGCAUUUCACACAUGUAGUGCUGGUGCUGGGGUAAAAAAAGCAGCAACAUAGUAAUAAUCUCUUUUUUCUUUGUUUGAUUACACAUUACGUCUUUCCAACCAAACCAAAAGUGUUUAAUGUCUGUGCCAGAGCGAUUUAUACCCACGGGCCUCACUUGUGCAUGAAACAGAUUGAUAUCCGUGUUUGUAAAAGUAUAUAGAGACGUUCUAGAACAGUUAUAAUAACGUUUUUUCUAACUUUUAACGUGAUCAGUUUCUAUAUUGCCACUUUUACAAGUUAUCAAUUUGAAAAUGCCGUGUCUUGUAUAGCAUCUUGUUGACGAUGUCAGCAAGCGAUGCGUUGUGUAGCGUUCGUUUCAACGUUGUCACGGUAUAAAACUGUACCAGCCCUUUAUUGUAAAAUGCUGUUAUUCUGACACUGCAUCAUUCUUUUGUAAACACUUGUAAUGUUGCAAUAAACUGCUCUUGAUGAUUGUUA